CCCUAUCUCAACUCCAGCCCGUCUCUUUCUCUCCUUCACUCUCUCCCUCACUCUCUCCAUCUCUCUCUCUUUCCAGUGUCUAGUCCCUCACUAUCCAGUUACGAAGAUGGCUGCUUUGAAAGAUUUUUUGAAAGCUGAUGAUAUUCAGAAGGCCCUUGAUGCAGUCAAAGCGGAGGGUUCCUUCGACCAUAAGAAGUUCUUUGCUCUGGUGGGCCUGAAGGCCAUGACUCCCGACAACGUCAAGAAGGUGUUCCAGGCUAUUGAUGCUGACCAGAGUGGAUUCAUUGAGGAGGAGGAGCUCAAGUUUGUGCUGAAGAGUUUCGCUGAGGACGGCAGAGACCUGACCGACGCCGAGACCAAAGCCUUCCUUAAUGCCGCCGACAAGGACGGUGAUGGAAAGAUUGGCAUCGACGAGUUUGAAGUCUUGGUCCAUGAGGUGUAA